CUGUCAACAACAAGAAUUCAAUUUAACCAUUAAUGGCAGUCUCCGGCUUCGAGGGUUUCGAAAAAAGACUCGAGCUAUACUUCUCCGGCGACGAUCCGGCCGCCGGAAAUGGCCUCCGGCGACUCAAUUUCUACACUAUCGAGAAAAUCCUCCACACCGUACAGUGCACCGUCGUCUCCGCCGUCGGUAACGACUUCUUCGAUUCCUACGUCUUGUCCGAAUCGAGCCUCUUCGUCUACCCGACCAAAAUCAUCAUCAAAACCUGCGGCACCACUCAGCUCCUCAAAUCCCUCCGGCCGCUCGUCGAAUCGGCGGCGACCGUCGGACUCACCCUCUCCGGCUGCCGCUACACCAGAGGCACCUUCAUCUUCCCCGGCGUGCAGCCCUUCCCCCACACCAGCUUCAAAGACGAAGUCUUUUACCUGGAGGAGAAUCUGCCGGACAAUUUGGUCUACCGGAAAGCCGCCGUGCUGGGGCCGCGAUCCGCGGCCGGCGAGAAAUGGCACGUGUUCAGCGCGUGCGACGAUUCGUGCACACUCAUGGAAGACGACUCGUACACUGUCGAGAUCUGUAUGACCGAGCUGGACAGGGUUCUGGCGAAGAAAUUCUUCCGCCGGUUCGACGACCGCCGGACCGGCGACUCCGUCGGAAAGGAGAUGACGGACGUCACCGGAAUCCGCGACGUCAAUCGGAAGGCGCUGAUCUGCGACUACGCUUUCGACCCCUGCGGGUACUCCAUGAACGGCCUCGCCGGCGGCCGUUACUCGACGGUGCACGUGACGCCGGAGGACGAUUUCAGCUACGCUAGCUUCGAGUGUGUCGGAUCGGUUUACGACGACCGGGAGGAGUUCCUCCGGCUGCUUCAGAAAGUGGUGAAAGUUUUCCGGCCGGCGAAGCUCUCCGUCGCCACCACGUGCCCCACCGGAAACGACUUCUGGAAAGGCACGGCGAAGACGAUGGAAUCGUUGGGUAUGCGUCUGAGGAGUCGAGCUGCCGACGAGUUUCCCGGCGCCGGAACUGUUGUUUUCCAGGCAUUUUCCUCUCGCCGGAAUUAAUCGCCGGCGAUUUAAAGGAGUAAGAUAUGAUCAGGUGUGGGUGAGGCCAAUGCUGAACUUUUUAGGGCUUAGCUGGAUUUUUUUUUUUUGCUUUUUUUUUUUUUUCUAAUUUGGGGGUUAGGGGAAAAUAUGAAUAUGGGCUGUGCAUGAAAAUUGAUCAUAUGUGUUGUUGAUGACAAUAUAUAAUAUAUUUUCAAAAUAUAUAUAUAAGUAUUAGAUAAAUUUUAAUUGAAAUUGUAUUGGGUUCAUCAUAAUAUUGCACCCCACUCAAUUUUGGCAUGCCAAGAAAAUUUUUAAUUAGUGGGGUGGGGUUGGGGAGAUCUAUCACUAAAUGGUCUUAUAUGUACAUGAACU